AUGACGGAUCCUCUCAAGCAACCGGCCGCCGAGGGUUGGUCGGUGGACUACACGAACAAGUCGUCGGAUACGCCAUCAGGAAACCCAGAGAUGUCCAUCACGCCAAAUAAACCGAAUGGCUCGGAUCGCUCCGACAAUUGUGCAGAAGAGAGUGAACGGGUUGGUCACUUGAGCAAUGAAACAAAAUCACCGCUGGUGAUCGAAAAAGCACCUGAUAUGGCUGCUGGGACUGGAGAGUCGGGGGGACCUGAGCAAUCGCAGGCUGGGCUUGAACAUGGGGCACGGGAGCAAAAAGACUCGGAAGAGGAGGUGAAUGUAACACCAAAGGCAAACUUUGCGGAGCUACUGAGACAAGUUGUCGAAAAGUUGUUGGGAGCACCGCCGCCUCCUUCUAUUGCUGCUGGCCCGUCGACAGCGAAAACGAUGACCGUUGGCCCCUCGACAGCGACGACAACUUCUUCUCCUACUGCUGCUGAUGCUGGCCCGUUGAUGGCUAAAAUGAUGACUGCUGGCUCUUUGCUAGCGAAAACGAUAACUGGUUCCAGGGCUGCUGGCCCUUCGACAGCGAGGACGACAACUUCUUCUGCUCCUGCUGGACCCUCAUCCACAUCCAGAACCACGACGAAAGCCACGAAAGCUCGUCCAGCUUUCACCGAAGUUCCUUCUGACGCCUCUCAACACUUCGGUACAGCUGCACAAGCCAUGGAACGAUUCAAACACGACCCUCUCCAUGCUGCGAAUGAAUACGAAGUGGGCUAUGAGGAUCCCUCUGUUCCCAAUAGUGUGAUCUGGAAGCGCCUGGACCAGUGGCCGGAGCAUACGGACGAAGAGGACUUCAUUCCCGAGAAUCGAAUCAGGCAAAUCAGAUUUUUUGCACAUGGCUGCGAUGAAGCGUGGAUCGUGUGGUAUCGGGGGCCGAGAGUGGACGAGACCGAUAGGACGGACCAGGAAUCGAAGUUGUGA